AUGUUAAUUGGAUUUUUGAUAGCAGUAUCUGAUUGUGAAAUGAAGAAGGACUCAAAGACUGACACGUUGACUCGAGAUCUCUUGACAGAGGAGUCGAAAAACGAGACCCAAAUCGCCGGCGAAAGUUCAAACUCCACAGAAGUCGAAAAAUCGAAAAGAGAUAAACGAGUCAUUUAUCACAUUCCUAGCUAUUUUGGCGAGACGGCAUUCGUUCCCCUUCUUGGUCGAUGGGGAUUGGCAAUUCACUCAAAUGUCGGUUUUGGUGGGCUUUUUGGACGCCGGCGAAAUUAUUAUAACGGAUACGGAGGCUACGGAGGCAGUUAUGGUGGCUAUGGACAGCCGUACAGUCAAACGUGGUAUGGCCAGCCCUAUUAUCAGACUUCAUAUUCUCCAAUGCAAUAUCAAGCGGUUAAUUUGGGACGACCCGCUGGGCAAUGUCAAGGUGAAGUUCAU